UGCUUGGUCCCCCGGCACGGUGAAGGUCCCGUAGCGCGUCAUGAGCACCGGGCUAAGGGGCGGUUGAGCAACUCAAGCGAACCGCCCUACCUUACUACAACAUAAGGACAGAAGGGAGAGGGUUGUGAAGGUGGCCUCGUUAUCCACACCUCCGGUCAGAUGAAUGGAGGCCCUUAGACAAAUGGCCGACCCGGGUUUUCAUGAGCGUUGGCGGGUCCUGGAGUGCCUGUCAAGGGCGCUAGCGCAUACCCCGGGGUGAUCAUCACCACCUGCACCUCACAUCUCGGCACAGCGGAACGUGUAACCCGCCUGCUGUCUCAUUCAACUACAUUUGUUCCUGUAAUCCAUAGCCUAACAGAACGCAGCAGCGAGGGAAAACCCGCCCAUACAGCCAGCGGGGAGGAUGGCACUACUGGCAAAGACCGUCCGGCGAAAACGCCGCAGGCGCGAAGCGUGGUAGGCCUGUGCCGGGGGAGCAUAGCAUAGGUAGGAAAGGGAGCCCGGACGGUGGAAGAGCCUGGGGGGCCGGGUCAUUUGACGGAAAUGGAAGGAUUUUCCCCUAUUAGAUUAGAGAAGGCCCUCCGAAGGGAAGUGCAUUAAUUCUUGGAAAAAGAGGGAGCGAGCCUAUAAAAAAAUGAAAGUGAAUUCAAUGAAUAGAUAGAGUCAACGGUACGACAGACAGCGCUGCCUACACGCGAAUUAGCUUCCGAGGUCGAGCAGUCUCAAUUUCACUACAGGAUUUGCGAAUGAAUGCUGGGCCGGGCCACCUCGAAUGGCGUGAGCCGCAUGCGGGGAGACCCGCACGUACGGUUUUUAGGGGGAUCUGGUCGAAAGACCGGCCGGCGCCCACCCGACUAGAGGGACUGAGAAAUUAAUAGAGUACAAAACUUAUCUUCAAGCUUUACCUUAUUCUGAUCGUUUAGAGGGCGAUCGCGGACUCACUGAAUGAAGUCCUCCGUUUCUUUCGGAGGUGCUGACCCGCAGCGAGGCAGAGAUGACUUAGUUACAUAAGGAAUAUGGCGACGACAACAGCAUGUCGUAGAAGGAGAUAACAGGCGGAGCCAACGAUCCGCUAAGACUAACGUAUCUACAACUCCAUCCCCGAGUGGCAGUCAAACGGAGGCGUGAAUGCAAGAUGCCAGCGGAAUGAUCGGCCGGACAGAGGCUAGGGCUGCUUCCUUCCCACCGCGUCCUUCCUAGCCUAGUGUGUCGGAGAUAUAAAGCGAGUGCACCGGAAAAGAACGGGAACUGGGUCGAUCUAUUCUAUGGCGAAGCAUCCGAAGCAUAACUGCACACUCACACGAUCUUUGCCGAGAGAUAGGAGCAUUCGGUGGAACCGGUGAACUACACUUGCUUCUGGAUAGAUGUGUGGGACAGAGGGCUCGUGGUACCAGCUGCCCAACCAGCCUCCUCUGCUUUGAGAACCGUGUGAACGGAGAGUGGGCAGAAGGGAAGGAGGUCCUCAUACGGAGUCGCACACGCACACUUACUUGAGCAGUGCGGAAGACUGGGGAAUGGGUUGAGUAAACUCCCCUGGGGCCGGAAAAAUAACAGACGAAGCUUUACUUAGAUAGGGCUUUGAUUGGUCUUUUUUUUCUUAGUGAUUGAAAAGGGGGGCGCCUGGUUAUGUUACAAAAAGGGAAGGCAGAGGUAGUCCUUCGAAUGGCGAAACGAAGGGCUAAAUAGCGCCAGUGAUUCUCUGAGCCGGUCUGGAUUUUCUACGCCUCGGGAAACAGGUCGAGAUAGAUGACAGCACCCUUUUCCUCUCUUCCUUACCGGGAGGGCAAUCUUAUGGCCUUCACCUCCCGCCCGGCCCGGAAAUAGAACCCAGCCCCCUUCUGAUCCAUUCAUUUCUGCAAGCAGGGAGGGGGGAUCCAGAGCUAAGCCUCCCGUCUAUUGCAUAACCUAAAAAAGCUAUAAGCAAAGUACCAGAGGUGCGCUUCGCCCGGUGACUAAGAAAGAAAUUGGUUUGCGCUUUGAAGUGAUGAGGUCGCAAAGAGGGGGGCUCCUAUUGAAAGGCUUUCCCUCCCUAAAAAGGCGACCAGCUUUCAAUACUAGUUGUUACGCUGCCAUUUUUCCAAUAUCAUUGAAUAGCAUGGCCUGCCUGGGGCUAAGGUAACUCAAGUGGGAGAGCCGUGUUAUGGGUGACCUUAUUGCACGGUUCAGAGAGCACUUGUGUAUGUGAUGCAAGUGAACGUGUACGAAAAAGCUGUAUCUAGGGUGAGUUCUUCGUUCCGUCGUCGACCCUAUCUAUGUUUCUACGAUGGCCCAAGAACACGCUCAUUCUUCAGCCGUAGAGAGACUUUUGAAUUGCGAGGUACCAUUACGAGCUCAAUAUAUACGAGUGUUAUUCCGUGAAAUAACUCGAAUUUCAAAUCAUUCACUUGCUUUAACUACUCAUGCUAUGGAUGUGGGAGCAUCAACUCCGUUCCUGUGGGCUUUUGAGGAGCGGGAGAAAUUGUUGGAAUUCUAUGAAAGAGUCUCGGGAGCCAGGAUGCAUGCCAGUUUCAUACGACCAGGUGGAGUGGCACAAGAUCUGCCUCUUGGCUUAUGUCGAGAUAUUGAUUCCUUCACACAACAAUUUGCUUCUCGUAUCGACGAAUUAGAAGAGAUGUCAACCGGCAACCGUAUCUGGAAACAACGAUUAGUGGAUAUUGGUACUGUCACUGCACAGCAAGCAAAGGAUUGGGGAUUCAGUGGUGUAAUGUUAAGAGGUCGUGCGACAUUGAAAGUGAAGUGGUGGGCCUACCCAUCCCAACCAGGGGUAUGCUGGGAUUCGCGAAGAGCAGCACCUUACGAUGUUCAUGACCAAUCGGAUCCUGACGUACCAGUAGGUACCAGAGGAGAUCGCUAUGAUCGUUACUGUAUCCGUAUUGAAGAGAUGCGACAAAGUCUGCGGAUCAUUGUGCAAUGUCCUAAUCAAAUGCCCAGUGGCAUGAUCAAAGCCGAUGAUCGUAAGUUAUGUCCUCCAUCACGAUGCCGAAUGAAACUAUCCAUGGAAUCGUGCAUUCACCAUUUCGAACUUUAUACAGAAGGUUUUUCCGUACCAGCUCCUUCCACCUAUACCGCAGUUGAAGCACCUAAAGGAGAAUUUGGUGUCUUUCUUGUCAGUAAUGGAAGCAAUCGUCCCUACCGUCGUAAAAUAAGAGCACCCGGCUCUGCCCAUUCACAAGGACUCGAUUCUAUGUCCAAACAUCACAUGCCAGCAGAUGUGGUCACCAUCAUAGGUACUCAAGAUAUUGUGUCUGGAGAGGUGGAUAGAUAGGAUUCCUAGUUGCUCGAUCAGCUUUAUUGCGAGCCAAAAACCUUUUUGGAUUUUUUCC